UCCACGUAAAUUUUACUUUACUUUCCUACGACAGGUCACUCAGACACCACUUGUCAUCUCUAGUUACACUACACGAGUAACUAACACUUUAUCCCAUUUUUUCCCACUGUUUUCGGCUUCCGGGCAUCAUCAAAAUCUAAACUUCAACUGUUUCUGCCAUCUGGGUACUCUAGUUUUUUGUUUAUCAAUGCGGUUCCGUUUGAUUCCAUAUAGAAGUUAUUUUUCAAGCUCUGCUGCAAUAACCCAAUGUCAAAUUUCCUAUUUUGCACGUCUUGGCCAAAUAGACAGAGCUCGAAAUAUAUUUGAUGAUUUACAAAGCAAAACAGUUACUUCUUGGAAUGCAAUUGUGGCUGGUUACUUUCAUAACAAACGGCCAGCUGAAGCCCAGAAACUGUUUGAUAAAAUGCCUGAGAGAAAUACGAUUUCUUGGAAUGGUUUGGUUUCCGGGUACGUUAAGAAUGGAAUGAUUUCUGAAGCGAGAAAAGUGUUUGAUAAAAUGCCUGAGAGGAAUGUGGUUUCAUGGACCUCGAUGGUUAGAGGGUAUGUGCAAGAGGGAUUGAUAGAUGAGGCUGAAUUAUUGUUUUGGAGAAUGCCGGAAAAAAAUGUCGUUUCUUGGACUGUGAUGUUGGGCGGUUUGAUUGAAGAUGGACGUGUUGAUGAGGCUAGACGGCUUUUUGAUAUGAUUCCAGUGAAGGAUGUUGUUGCUAGUACUAAUAUGAUUGGUGGAUUGUGUUCGGAAGGAAGGUUGAGUGAGGCAAGAGAAAUUUUUGACGAGAUGCCUCAAAGGAAUGUGGUUGCUUGGACUAGUAUGAUUAGUGGGUAUGCAAUGAAUAAUAAGGUGGAUGUGGCUAGGAAGUUGUUUGAAGUAAUGCCGGAUAAGAAUGAGGUGACAUGGACAGCAAUGUUGAAGGGGUAUACGAGGAGUGGUAGGAUUAAUGAGGCUGCUGAACUUUUUAAGGCAAUGCCCGUUAAACCAGUUGCUGCUUGUAAUGAUAUGAUAAUGGGGUUUGGAUUGAAUGGGGAGGUGGGGAAAGCGAGGUGGGUGUUUGAUCAAAUGAAGGAGAAGGAUGACGGGACAUGGAGUGCGUUGAUCAAGAUUUAUGAGAGAAAAGGAUUUGAAUUGGAAGCGCUUGCUUUAUUUAGUUUGAUGCAAAGAGAAGGGGUCAGGCCAAAUUUCCCAUCCAUCAUAAGUAUUCUUUCCGUUUGUGGUAGCUUGGCAAGUCUUGAUCAUGGUAGACAGGUUCAUUCACAGUUGGUAAGAUCCCACUUUGAUUUAGACAUAUACGUCUCUUCAGUUUUGAUCACGAUGUAUAUCAAGUGUGGUGAUCUUGUGACAGGAAAAAGGGUGUUUGAUAGGUUCUCUUCAAAGGAUAUUGUCAUGUGGAAUUCCAUUAUUGCUGGUUAUGCGCAGCAUGGUUUUGGAGAGAAAGCCUUGGAAGUUUUCCAUGAGAUGUUCUCUUCAGGUGCUGCACCUGAUGAAAUUACCUUUAUUGGAGUUCUCUCAGCAUGUGGUUACACUGGGAAGGUUAAAGAAGGGCUUGAAAUUUUUGAGUCAAUGAAAUCAAAAUAUCAAGUGGAUCAAAAAACUGAACAUUAUGCUUGCAUGGUUGAUCUACUUGGCCGAGCAGGGAAGCUAAAUGAGGCAAUGAAUUUGAUUGAAAAUAUGCCUGUGGAAGCAGAUGCUAUUGUUUGGGGUGCUUUAUUAAGUGCAUGCAGAACCCAUAAGAAUUUGGAUUUGGCUGAAAUUGCGGCAAAGAAACUUCUACAGCUUGAGCCUAGCAGUGCUGGGCCUUACAUCCUGCUAUCAAACCUCUAUGCAUCCCAAAGCAGAUGGAAAGAUGUUGCAGAACUGAGAAAAACAAUGAGAGCAAGGAAUGUGAGCAAAUCACCUGGCUGUAGUUGGAUUGAAGUGGACAAUAAAGUGCACAUGUUCACUGGGGGAGGCAGUGCAAGCCAUCCUGAGCAUGAAAUGAUAAUGAAAAAGUUGGAAAAAUUAGGUGCAUCUUUAAGGGAAGCUGGAUAUUGUCCUGAUGGUAGUUUUGUGAUGCAUGAUGUAGAUGAAGAAGAUAAGGUGCACAGCUUACGGCACCACAGUGAGAAAAUGGCUGUUGCAUAUGGACUUCUGAAAGUGCCAGUAGGGAAGCCUAUUCGUGUGAUGAAAAAUCUCCGAGUCUGUGGGGAUUGCCAUUCAGCAAUUAAAUUAAUAGCUCAAGUAACUGGGAGAGAGAUUAUUUUGAGGGAUGCUAAUAGAUUCCAUCACUUUAAGGAUGGCUUGUGUUCUUGCAGAGACUUCUGGUAAUUACAAGCACCUUAUUAAUGGAUUGAUGCCAACUUUGGUCGUGGUUUUUGAAGCCAAAAUCAGGAUAGAAACCUUUCAUGGGCUCCUCCUUCAGAGAUUUUGGUGCCAAAAGAUGUUGUAUGGAGCAAUCCUGCAUUCAGAUGAUUAUACUAGCAAUCAUUUGAAUGCUGAUGACUAAACUAGCAGCAUUCUGACAGGAGUUCUUAAAAGCCAUUAUGAAGUCCAGGUGACUUUGGUUGCAUAUUUCUACAGCCCUGGUCCAAUAUUCAUAGAAAAAUAUGUCAUCCAAGUGGGGACCUGGACCUGUUGUAGCUUGUGAUGCCUUUUAAUUUGGUCCAAUGAAGAUGACUGAAAUGAAUCAACUAGGAUGCUUCCUUUCAAAGUUGCUAUAAACAAGUGGUUGAUUACAUAACGUCAUAGUAUUGCGUCAUUCAAGAAUGUUUUUUCCUUUUGCACAAUAGUUACUCAAUUGUCUUCUCUGACAAGUGUCUUUGUUGUUCCUGUUGGGCUCUGUGAUAUCUGAAACUGUACCUGUUAUUGGCUAAGCACUUUGAUCCUCCAA